UGCUCUUCUUCUCCUUUCUUCCCGCUGCAGCCACUCGAAAGAAAAAGAAAGAGAACCCAGCCAUGCCUUUGAGAAACCGGUGAGAUAAGCUUGGUUUUCUCCUUCCUUUCUUGCUCUAGAACACACCUAGAACCCAGAAAUCUUUUCCCCCCUGCUGGAAAAGCCGGAUCUGCCCUGCUCUGCUUUGUCCUUCCGCCGGCUGCUCUUGAUUGUGGGGGUGAUUUGCUCCGGUUUUGGCCGUGAGCUUUCUUCUUCCAUGCCGCCGGCCUUCCCCAAUCUGCUAGCUCCGGUUCCUUGCUUGUAAAUUCUGGUAUGUGACAGCCUUUUAAGGCUUAAAUUGUCCAUUUAGUUUGUUACCUUGUGUGUCCGAAUUUUGCUAGAAAAAUGGGGGAUAAUCCCGCUAGUGUAUUGGCCAAUUUUGGAAGUGCAGUUACUGUUCACGUCGGGGCCACUGUUCACCGGCACUGUUCACCGGUUACUGUUCAUACCCCGAGGGCCAGCAUUUAACGGGAAUUUAAAUGAUUAGUUUGUGAUAUAAGAACGAAUUUGGAGAUAUUUGAUCAUGUGGAGAUUGAUAGGAAAUAGCAUUGUGAUUAGGAAUGAUCCUAAUGAUGAGUUUACCUUGAAUUUGUGAUAGUGGUAUUAAUUCUCGGAUAUCUUCAUUAGGUUCCCGAUCGUUCUGUCAGUUAGCAUUGAGAUUGAGUGCUCGGUUUUAUGCAAGUGAGGUAAGUAAAUUUAUGGUAAUGCCUGUACUGUUUUAAAAGCAUGUUUUGAUUUGUUUUUAAAGUGGUGGCGGGACUAAACCCGUUUUACACAAGUAUGACUUAUUUGAAGUGAAAUGUUUUAUGCUUUUCAUUAAAUUGAGCAUGCCUACUUGAAAUUUAAGUGACUGUCUUGAUGAUUUGAAGGUGAUUGUGAAUCGUGAUUUUCUGUUAACUUCUGCCUGUUUUGUCUCCGAUACGAUCAUGUUAUUCUGUUGCCCGCUAGUGGGAGGUCAAACGCUAGCACAUGUCGACAUGUUUCUGAUAGAACCGGUUCAUUCCUGUAAUCCUACUAGUGGGAGUCAAACACUAGUAAUUUCUGUUGCCUGCCAGUGGGAGGUUUAAACAUUGGCCAUAACCUAUAGAGGAGACGUCUAUUUCGUUCCCGUACUUGUAUCCGUUUUCCGAUUACACUGGUUGGCAUGCUUUAAGUUUGAUAAGGGGCACUCCAUAUUUACUUACUGAGUUUAUCUCAUAGUUUUUCUUUGUCCACCAUUUCAGGAAAUGAAACUGAGGACGGGAAAACCACGGGAAGUGACGAGUUAGAAGGCUAGCAAUUUCGAGAUUGAUUAGAUUUUAGAAACAAAUCAUGAUCUUGUAUUUGGAGAUUUUAAUUGGAGAUUUAUGAUAUCAGAGAGUUUAUAAAAUUUGAUUUUCAGA